CGCUAAAUCGAUUCGGCAGCGAUCUACUUGGAUCGCUUAUGGAUGCCAUAUCAGUCUGCAAGAAUCUAAGAGUAGAGAGAGGAUAUACAAAGAGGAGAAUCUGCGCUGUGAAGUGGAUACUAGGAGAUUGCAGCAAAGAUAGGGGUCAGACGGCUGGCGUGUCCUUUGCCAAACCUUCCGUGGUACGCAGCAAACCCCGCACAAGUGAACACAGCAGCUUCGGAGCAGAUGAGCACCAAGGGUGGAUGCCAACAGCAAGGUGCGAACUUUUCAGGUAACGCAAAAUUAGCACUUAGUGAUCCCUGCGCAGAUCCCGCUGCGUUCCGAUGUCAUUGCUGUUCUUGUCUAGGUCCUCCUGUUCAGGUUUGCUUUGAGUUUAUGUCCAUAACAUGAUGUGGAUGCGUCCCAGUCGACUUGGCGACGAUUCUUUUAUAUCCAAACACAUUCCCAUGUCAUGUCACAUAUCAGAGUUGUACUGCUAAAGAACUACAUAUACCAGCGUUGUACGACUUAGCAAAUAAAAGAGAUCG